AUGGAAACCAUUUUUCAGCGCUGGCUAAGGUGCGUGCGUUUGCACUGUUGUAACACGCGAGUGGAUGCCGCCAAUGAGGAGGACUUGGGACGGCGACAGACGCAUUUGCGCAUCUAUCGGACUCUAGAGGUCAAGUGUCCCACUUCACACCGAUUCACACCACAGUGGCUGAUAGCCGAAGCGAUAGGAAUCACCAAACAUCACAGCGUGAAUAGAAUCGAGGGUGUGGAACUGGCGAGCGUAUGGAAAGCGGUCUUAGAUAAGCGGAGUUGGCACAUCAAUAACGCCAAACUGCUCGCCUUGUCAUCCUCGAAGCCCAGACGUGAUGAGUCAAUCUACUCAGUUCUUCUAGAUGGGAUUGAAAUUGCGCGGGCCUACACCGGGUCGUCACCUGCAACAAUAUUUUUGGAUGAUUUCCCCUACGGUUUCAAGAAAGUUGAAGUUCUCUGCAAAGAGGAAAAACGAAGACGGCCAGUUGCCAUGGAUAUAGAACUUGCACAGUUCAACUCCGAAUUGUCCACAAAUUCCGAGCCUCGAUUUUCUGUCACCAGUACCACCGGAAAUUGUGGUCACAGCCACGCGGACCAGAAUGCGCGACGCAUGUCCGGGUCUGCUCGCGGUUCCGGUUCUUCUAUCUGUGCCGUCAGGGAGCGAUGUUCGAGUCAAGGAACCAUCGUCUACCGAGAGCUACACAUUCUGCCUUUCCCCUAUUACGAACGUUUUCGUGAGGUACUCCGAAGUUUACUGGAUACAGAACUCAUUCCCCUAUGUAUUCAUGUUUGGAAGAAUCUCCCACACGACGCGAGCAAAUUAAACUUUGUGACUUCACUACUGCGCACUACAACAGAGCUCAAGUGUCACUUACAGCUUUUGGUCAAUCUUCUGAAGACUGACAUUAUUCAGGAAAACCCAUCUCUCUCUUUCCGAGGUAAUACACUUGGGCGCCCAAUUCUGGACCUCUAUUGCAACCAAAUCUGCUCGAAAUGGCGUAAUCAGUGCCUUAGGCGUGUUCGUGAGGAGGCACUUACCGGCCCACCAGCACCGCCUAACCUCACAACAAUGGGUUCCUUCACGGCUGCCGUGUGUCCCUCUUCCGUGGGCACGACAUCAGCCACCACCACCACCACGAACACCACAAUAACAACGAACAGUGCUGCCGUUCUGGGACGAGCCUCGGUUAACGUGGCCACUUCGAACCUACGGCCUACUGCCUAUUCGUAUCCUUGUGGUGUAACUCGACCUUGUUCGCUGUCCGCGUCGGCCAGUACUUCGACCAGUGCCUCCUCAGUCGAACCAGUCCAAGCUGAUCUACAUACCUGUGUGGAUAAAAAUCCCCGAACUAGCCCUCAGCAACAACAGCCGACCGUCGAACAGGAAUGGCACUCUCGCCUCAUCUCCAUUGCCGUGGAUGACUUGAUCAACCAUGUGCACACGUUUCCCCUCCAGGUUCGAUGGAUCUACUCGGAAUUACAGGCUCUCUAUUCGGAUCCGCACAGCAACUUGGUUGGCUGCAACCUGGUAUUCCUUCGAGGUAUCUGCCCAUAUCUCUCAUCUCCUCCGAACAGUGGACGAGGCUCCCUCUCCGGUUCUCUGAGUGGCGGUGUGCUCAACUCUUCCACAGGUGGCUGCUAUUCCGCACUGAACACAUCCAACGCUAACUUGUCCGAGUCCAAUGGAGCGGUAUUUCAAGAUUGGGUGUGUCGUGCUGGACAAGGAAGUACUAUUCCAGCGGCCACUGGAGACGCAUUAGUGGUCGUGGCCAAAACGUUACUCGCCCUAGUCAGCCCAAACGUGGCAGCCAAGUCAAAAGCGGAUAGUGUUCUCACACAGGACCAGUUCAUGGCCUAUCAUACACGACUUAUCAGAGAGUUCCGGACACCACUCACGACUCCACUCUCAGCCGCCGAGAUCAAGCAGUUGGAACAGUUGUGUGAACGGGAAGCCUAUCGCGCCAGCUAUUGGUCCCUCAGUCGCGAGCUCGCUCAGCUGGCCAACUACUUUCUUGACGCUCUGGGAAAUCCUCGUCCCGCAUCGGAUACUGCCAGUCAUUCUACGGCCAGUGACCAGAAAUCGGGCGAUUCCUACACCCCACCUCGCGCGCCUACCCUAUUGGCUGUUCUCUAUGACCUUGACGAACUAACACUACAGCAUGAGGCGGCCUGGUGCAGCACAUUCAGUUGCUUGAGAACAUCACAACCGAGAGAUCAGCUGGGUUCCAG